UGAAAAUGAGGGGGUAAAGCGUAAAUUAACAAGAAAAGAAAUAGUGGAUAUGGCGCGAGACAAGUGGCAAAAACAAAUCCACUUCUCCUAAACGCAAACGAUUGACUAGGUUUCGUUUCGUUUCAGUUUCACUGCUUCACUAUCAGGCUGGCUGAUCGAGUCGAGGUUUCGAAAGCUCAGAGCUUGAGAAUCAUCAAUGGCUACCAUUCCCGGAAUUUCACUUGCUUUCUCUUCCAAAUCUUGUAGAAAAAGAAAACCCUUAUCCACUUCCUUACCUUCGUCCCGUUCUCUCUCUCUGCUUAGUACCACCAAGCCAAUUUUCUCAAGUUUCGACUCGUUGAACCUCUCAACGCCCAGUUGCAGGUUGAGUGGUGCUGUUUCUGCUGUCGUUUCUCAAGAAAACGUAACUGGGUCAAGUUCUUCAGGCACUGAUGUGUUCAAACUCACUUACUUGGAGGGGAAUAGUUGGUUGUGGGAAGUUGGUGGAGUGACAUUAUUGGUUGAUCCAAUCUUGGUCGGCAAUUUAGAUUUUGGAAUCCCUUGGCUUUAUGAUGCUGCCAAGAAGUUUUUGAGGAAUUUUCAGCUAAGUGAUCUUCCUGACAUUGAUUGCAUAAUAAUUACACAAAGCCUUGAUGAUCACUGUCAUUUGAAGACUCUAAAUUCCCUCUCUACUAAGUACCCCAAUCUUAGAGUGCUUGCAACUCCAAAUGCCAAGAAAUUACUUGAUCCUCUUUUCAGCAAUACCACAUAUCUAGAACCUGGCCAAAGCUCUUUAAUUGAAGCAAGUAAUGGCAAUAAAGUCAGAGUUCACGCCACUGCAGGGCCAGUUCUUGGUCCUCCUUGGCAGCGUCCUGAAAAUGGGUAUCUUGUCACUUCUCCAAGAGAUCAACUGACUCUUUACUAUGAACCUCACUGUGUAUACAACAAGAGUUUUCUGGAGAAAGAAAAGGCUGAUAUUGUCAUCACACCAGUCAUAAAGCAGCUUUUGCCAAAUUUUACUUUGGUCUCUGGGCAAGAAGAUGCAGUUCAACUCGCCAAGCUGCUGCAAUCCAAGUUUGUUGUUCCAAUGAAAAACGGAGACCUGGAUAGCAAAGGGCUUCUGGCUAGCUUAGUCCGGUCUGAGGGAACACUACAAUCAUUCAAGGAACUUUUGUCUAAGGAAUUGCCAGACGCACAGAUACGAGAGCCCACUCCUGGCGUACCCCUUGAAAUACAUGCACCUUGAACUCUUUCAGAGAAUAUGUACAAAAUAAAACAGUCUCUUAAAAUAUUAUAUAUAUAUAUAUAUACAUUUAUUGCUC